ACUAUGAAGAAACGCUGCGCGGACGCCACCAGGCUUCGGAAAAUGAAAAAGCUCAAAAUGACAGAAAGGAUAUCGGAAAGUGCAUACACAGUGCUGAAGUUCAUGAUAGUGUGGACACUGGUAUUGCUAGCAGACUUUAUUUUGGAGUUUCGCUUGGAGUACCUGUGGCCAUGCUGGCUAUUCUUCGGGAGUGUCUACACUACUUUCCACUGCCACGGGCUGGUCAUAUGCAUGGUGUUUGUGUGUGCCGCAUUUACCCUCGAUAUCUUCUGCUUAAUUUUUGUGCCUCUGCACUGGCUGUUUUUAGCAGCAAGCACCUACGUUCUAUUUAACUACAUUUGGCAUACAGAGAAGGGCAUCUGCAUGUCCACGGCCUCUCUGUGGAUCCUGCUGGUCUACACGGAGGCUUCCCUUCGGCUCAAAGACCAGAAGAACUCCCACGCUAAUUUAUCGCACAUCUUCGCCGCGCACUGCAUUGGCUAUCCAGUGGUGUACCUGGGCUUCGAUGUGACAUGCUAUUUCUCCAGCAUCUUCAAGAUACGCACCCAGAAAACAGUGCAGACCAACAAUGACUUCCACAUGCACCUCCUGCAACAAUCCCUACCUCCAGGCCUGCACCUCUACCCUAAGUGUGCACCCGACACCAGAGAAACAGAUGCUAAGUGGAGACCCAAAGCGGAGUCUGUUCAGUAUCAGUGUCCGCCCGCAGCCUCUGCAUCAGACGAGGGCUCGACGGGCGACUACCUGCAGAUCCCCCAGGCGGAGAGGAGGACCGAGGGGGACCUGGAGGAGGCUCCCCCCAGAGAACUGAACUCAGUGCCCGCAGGGGUCAAGUCACGUGGCAACGACCCGCGUGACCCUUGCCAAGCCCGCGAGCCCCGCAACUCGCUCUCAGGUGGGGCACCCGCGCCGGAGCCCUCAGGGGUCCCCCAGCCACUACCUCAGGAGGAGCAGGGGCCCAAGGCAGCCGUCAAGGCCUCCAAGUGCUCCCCGCCCAAAGCGCGCAAGGCCCCCGUCACGGCGGCGCCACCUAGUGGGAAGGCAGAGAAGAGGCAGAAGAACAACAACAAAACGAUCAGCCCAAACCGGGAUUCGGCGGAGAAAGGAAACGCACCUCCACCAGCAAUCGCAAACCAUCACGCAGAACAGAUCACAAAGCUGGAGCAGGAAUUGCGGCGUCUGAAAGGGGAGCUGCAGGCGAGCCAGCAGACGGAACAGGAGCUGCGCAGCCACGUCUGCAACCUGACCAACAGCGAGCGCAGCCUGAGGCCCGAGGUCAACGUGCUGCGGCAAACCAACGAGCUGCUGCAGAGCAAAAUCCUGUGCCUGGCCAAGAACAAGCAGAGGGACAGGCAGGCCAGCGCGGUGCUGGAGAAGAAGGCGAGGGCUGAGACGGAGGCGCGGGUGGCUCUGGAGAAACAGCUGGCCGAGCUACAGGCACAGAAGCUGGACGAGGCCGCCAUCUUGCUCCGAGGCGCUCCAAACAGGCAGGAGCAAACAGAAACGCUAAUGUUGAGGAAAAAAGUGAAAGAUCUAGAGACAGAGUACAAGCAACUGCAGCUGGAGUGUCAAGGCAAAGAGGGCCAAGUGCUAGCGCUAGAGAAAGAAGUGGAGUCGCUACAGAAGUACAGGGGGGUAGAGAAGGAGAUGGACACUCUGCUGUCAGCCCUCUCCUCUCUUCAGGACAAGGCGCAGCAUCUGGAAUACAACCUGAGUGCAGAAACGCGCAUUAAGCUGGACCUCUUCUCUGCGCUUGGAGAUGCUCGCAGGCAGCUGGAGAUAGCUCAAGGUAAACUGCGUAAGCAGGACCAGGAGAUUCGGGAGAUGAAGCAGAGGAUUGCCGAGGUCAUGGCUGUGUCCCCAACCAUGUCCUACGUGACCCCUCGGCCCCCAGCAGUUCCGCAGUACAUCACCAAGUUCCUCAACAGCGAGCGCUAUGUGCUAAACCCACGUGCACUCAUGUACCAGUGUCUUAAGAAGUGAGGGACCGACUCCACGAUACCCUGCGGCCUUCGGUUUUUCCCUAAUCUGCAAAAACUGUGUUUAUUUCACCAGAUUGAGGUGCCAAAAUGCCAUUUUUGGCCUGCAACACACGGAUCUGUUCCGAUCCAACACCUCAUCAGAGGGUUUAUGCUGUUGUUCUUUUGCAGCUCUGCGCAGGCAGGCAGAACCUUUGGGCCUGAACCAAGUAGGCCUCUUGUACCCAACUGCUGUUUGAAAACAUGCUGUGGAAUUGAAGGAUCCCAAAUGGUCUAGAUAUUUCCUUGGCAGAAGAAAGGAAAUAUUCACUCCAUUUUGAGAGUGAGACAAGCACUGACGUGAGUGAAUAUUUACAAUAGAGUCUUCUAUGCGGCCAUGGUGCUGCCCUUGUUAUGAUGAAGUUCUUGGUGCUCGGCCAUUUUUUGACAGCGUCAAGAAUCAACUGUCAACAGCAAGAGAUGCUGGCUAAUCGUAACAGUGGCAAUAUAUUCACCAGUAUAGUUCAUCUCAAAUUGUCACACUCUAUGUAGAAAGUGGUGGUGUGCAAACAGCCAUUAGGCAAAAGAACCUGAAAAAGGACCACAAACAAGCAGGAUCCCUUUUCUACAGUAGGCAACUGUUAAGGAAGGUGAUUGCUUGAUCACUUGGGCUCUACAUAUAAUAUUAAAGAUCAAAGAAUGAUGCAGAACCAAAUUCCAGGAAGAUAAUUCAUAUUUUGAAUAUUAUUUUAUAUUUAGCUGGUCAGCGAGGAGCUAAUCUUACAGAAGGACAAGGUUACGGUAAUGUAACCAGUAAUAUUGAAAAAAUAUAUAUGUUUUACACUGCUGUAUGGAAGUGAUUUUUUUUUUAAAUGUCACAUCAAAGGUGUCAUUUGAGGAUAAUUUAUGAAGCUCUGGGUUUGAGGUUUGUCCUCAAACAUGUCAGUGACCGUGUAUACUUGCUUGGAGACAUUUUAGAGAAUGGAAGAAAUGUUUCAUACAAAGUAUCCAUUUCUCCUCUCAGACAAGUUUGAGGUACUUUUGUGUACUCACACUGCCUGUAAUUUUUUUGUGCCUAUUCUCAAUUAAUUAUAAGAACUACAGCCCAAGAAUUUUAUGUAAUACAGUGAAGUGUUUUGAUUGAAGUGCUCUGUGCUGUUUUGUAGUCUUUUUUUCUAUUCAUGCACUGUAAUUGAAAGUCCACAUCUAUUUGUUUAUAGAAAUCUUUUCUGACGUGCCCAAGUUUCUUUUUUUAAGAACUUGUUUGUUUUUAGUGUUUACAGGGUGUUUUCUACGAGAACAGUAUUUUUAGCCUUGGUGUAUUUUUCUCAAAAAGGAAUAAUUGAAUAUUGAUUUAAUUUUAUAAGUCUUUUGUGUGUUGUCAGCAUGAAAAUUUGUGUAACUUUACAAAAAGUUUGGAGAAAAUUCAUUUGUGAUCUAAUGUUUGCAGUAAAUUAAACAUUAGAACAAGGGCUUUUCCUUUUCUCUGACAUUUUUAAAUUAAAUAAAAAGGUAUUUGG